GAGUUUUGCAGGCACGCAUGGGGAUCCCUCUCUUCCAGGCUGUCCGUGGCCUCCUCGUGCAGUUCCUAGACUCCAAGCCAAAACCCUCCUGAUCCCCCAUUUCCCCUCUCUCUCUCUACCUUUCCCCCUGAAGAAACAACCCGUGCGUUACGUCAGAAAGUGCAGGGGCAAGCAAGAAGAGCGUCUAGGAGCUAUUCGUAGGCACAUAGCUGCCAAAACCAGGCUGGGGGCUGCAUGCACACGAAGCUCACUGCAGCCAAUUUACAAAUGCAACUCUUUUAAAAACAGCAGCAGUAUGUGGUCUCAUCUGUUGCCGGCACAAUUGCGCAAAGAUAAAGAGUAUAGGACUCGUUCACACUGAAAAAAACACACCAUGACAUGAUGAAGCAGCAGAGAAGAUUUUGACGCACAGAGAUUUCUGCAGCAUUUUUUUUUUCUGCGUUUGAUUCUUUUGCUUGAUCUCACAAUUGCGCAAAAAACAACAACAACACAACAGUGUAUAAGCGGUGUAAAGAUAAAGAGUAUAGGGCUCGUUUACACUGAAAAAAAACACCAUGAACAUGAUGAAGCAGCAGAGGGUUUUUUUGACGCACAGAGAUUUCUGCAGCAUUUUUUUUUUUUGCAUUUGAUUCUUUUGCUUGAUCUCAAAAAGACAAGACAAGAUGCCCAUGCACGGUCGAAAUAGGAACCCGAGUCCCAUCCCAGAGGUAACAUGGGACACUGGGUUGAAGGAGAUGAACGAGACGUGGAAAGGAGCGAUAGCCUGUCUCGGAGUGGCCGUCUUCUUCGUCAUGACCAUCGGAAUCAUAUACUGGCAAGUGGUGGACCAGCCCAACAAGAACUGGAUCCUCAGGGGGACUUUGAGCGGACUGAUCUGGGAGAGGAGAACCCACUCGCUGCUCAUACAGACCCUGACGGAGGACAAGACCUAUGUGGAGAUAGAUGUUGGCAACGUGGGCAACCCAGACAUGGAGGUUCCCUUCGUGAGGAACCUGUGCUGGCUGAACAAGACGGAGUUCUGCUACACCUGGGACUCCGUGGCCGAGGUGAAGAUCUCUCUGGAGGUGGACGAGGAGACGGAGACGGAGUGCUACAGUAUGACCUGGGCACCGGUGCACUGUCAUGUGGAGCUGAAGGACUGCUUCUCCAUGACCAACAUGUCCUGGUACGGCGGCGCCAGCGUCCGGGGUCAGACCUGGCCGAUCAACGAUCAGAACGCCACCACGCAGCCCUUUACUGUGAGCGACCUUAAGGACAAUCCCUCCGGCUUCGGCUCUCCCCUUGAGCGCUACUUCCUGGGCUCGUCAGGUGUGGCGGUGCUCGUAUCUCCUGAUAUCCCCCUGCAGCUGGGGAUGGACAGCAGACAGCAGUUCUGCCUGCAGUCGCUGCCCAGCAUGGAGCGUCUCCCUCUGCAGUACACCGUGUGUGUGGCCCCCGACGUCAAAGCUGCCCACCAGGAAGCAGUGCGACAACUGUCCCAACACAGCAGGGAGCUGCCCAACUUGAACACGCUGUGGCUGCCGUUCUGGAAGCUGCUCACCAACGUGGAUUCAGGGCCGAAGGUGGAGAGGGAGCUGAGGACCUUCUCUAAUCGUCUGAGGAGACACCAGCUGGGCCAGGGAGUCAUCAGCCUCAAUGAACAUUCCACCACCCUCCUCUCCGAUAUGGACCACGACUACCUCAACAGCAGGAAAAGGGGGAUGUCCAAGAGACUGACCAGGGACCUCCCACUUGUCAAGCUUCUUAACAUUUCCAUCACCCUGUCCCCUUUCCUGGGCGUGGACACCACGCAGUUCCACACCUCCCUCAUGGACGGCACCGAGGCCUACUGGCUCAGCCUCCCCUCAGCCCCUCAGGGACAGCUGAUCCCUGUGAUGAGUCAGUGGCGAGGAAAGUUCUGCGUAAAGCUGAACAUCACCAACCCAGGAGCGGUGAGCUGGUUCCUGGACAGGGUGGGAUCCCUGCAGGCCCAUCUGGGGAUGGAGUAUGUCAUGCUGGAGGGAGGCGAGGGGAAUCUGUUUGAGGAGCAAGCCCUGCGGCCGCCGCAGGCUCACGGUGGAGACAAGUACAUCAACCUGCUGGCCGACCUUGCCACGAGGAUAGGAGACUCCACCAUCGUGACAGCAGGGACACGGUCGAGCCACAAGCCUCUGUUUGUGAGGAUGACCGCCUUGCAGUCCGACUGGAGCCCGAACGGCCUGAAGGGCAUCAUUCCCUCCCUGCUGCACCACGCUCUGCUGGGAUACAACUUCCUCAUUCCUGAUGCAGUAGGUGGCUCUCUGUCUGGAGACCUGGUCACAGAUGAGGAGUUGUUCAUCCGUUGGCUGGAGAUCACGGCUUUUCUCCCUGUUAUCAGCUUCCACACGCCACCCUGGGUCUGCGGAGAGGACCGGGUGCUGAACCUAACACAGGCCUACAUAGCAAAGCACCAGAGGGAUGUGGUCCCACUGAUAGAAAAGUAUGCAGAGGAGUGGCAGAUGACGGGGAACCCCAUCUACCGGCCGAUGUGGUGGCUCAGUCCCAGUGACCCCACGACUUUCACCAUCGAUGACCAGUUCCUCAUCGGAGACGAGGUCCUGGUGGCACCAGUGCUGGAGAAGGGGGCAGUGCAGAGGGAUAUCUAUUUACCUGACGGGGGCUUCCAGUGGCAGGACAGCCAGAACGCUCAGGUGUUCGAUGGCGGGACGUUCCUACAGGACUACCCAGUGCCCUUGGAGGAGGUGGCCGUUUUCUUACGGAGAAGCUGAGUCACUUGACUGAUCCUUAGGACGACUUAUCCUGUUACUGUUUUGAAUCAAAUUCUUUUUUCUUUUUUAAUUACUCGUGCUGUUCUCAACUUGCACUUUUCCACUAAAGACCAUUGACCCUGUCUCAAGGCUUGAGAUGAUAUGUAGAAAGACUUUUUUUUUUAUACUUGCACUUUACAGUUCAAUAUGAUUUGUGUCUUUUUUUUCUUCUUUGUCAAAUUUUUUUUUUCUUCCUUUUUUUUAAAAUGUUAAUCGGUUUUACCUCUUGGCUGAUUUGUUUCCGGACUUUGUGAUCUGCUUUUUUUCUUUUUUUUUUGUAUGUAUGUUCCGGAGAAUUCUGUGCGUUUACAUACUGCAUUUCUACAGUCUUUAAAUUUUGAAUCGCUGCUGGCUCUCUUGAUAAGGAGGAACAAAGCAAGCCCCUUGUUUGCUUAAAAAAAAGAAUCUGAAUCUCUCAAGAAGACCAAAUGAAGAUAUAGAAGUACAUAGGAAAAAGGCUUAUUGGGAGGAAAUUAGCUCACAGAAAGCUUCGCACCGAGGCCGACGCACCGUGAUACCAUAUGUGUUGCUCGCUCAUUGGAGAGGCUUUUACUUGAACUUAUCAGGCCGACGGGCUGAUGUUUUAUGAAUGUACCUCAAGUUAUGGUUUUUCACUGCUUUACAGAGACACAACAACCUAUCAACCCUUAGCACUUAUUCCUAGAGUAGUUGAACUUAAUUUAUCAACAUACCACUCUGUUGGACACGUCUGAAUGUCCCUUAGUACUGUAGGCCAGAUGAACUUGAGGCCAAGCCACUGUAAUGUAACUCUGGCUAUAUUUGAAUUUAGAUUAGAUGUUACCUUCUCACUAACCUGCUGUAGUAGGGGCUUUUAAAAGGGCUGCUCAUUUUUUUUUUACCAAGUCUGUCUGAUGUUGUGUUGAUAUGCUCUUUCAUGAGUCAGUCUGAAGAAAGCCUCGUUGACGACACCACAGCUUGAAAUGAGAUUUUUUAACAGACAGUUUGACAUGUUGGGAUAUACACUUAUUGGCUUUCUUGCAGAGAGUUAGGUCACUCCUGUCUUGUAAAUAUUAAGCUGUGGUCAGCAAUGGUCAACCUCCGGGUCUGAAAAGUGAAGCCAAUGCGGAAGUGCCUUAAACUUGCAUUCUUUCUAACAGCCAACAGGGGGCGACUCCUCUGGUUGCAAAAAGAAGUCUGGUUGUAUAGAAGUCUAUGAGA